UUCGUUUUGCUUCGCUCUUAUUUUCUAUUUCUUUCCCUCCAGCAGAGUUUCAUCCCCUCCCCUUCUACUUUUUCUCCCCUUCCAUUUUUCUUUUCGUCACGCACCCACAUAGCAUUUCUCUAUCGACCCCUCUCUCCUCCGCGAGCGGGGAUCAGUGCAGUGCAGAUCUACACACCACCGUCUUCAAGAUGAGGUACGUGAAGCCCUGGAACUUGUUCCAUGACUUGCUUAAGUCGAAUGCCGUAGAACGAGGUCGUUUGCUUGGUUUGGAUGUGGGCGACAAGUAUGUGGGGAUAGCUGUUUCAGACCCUCGCAAUCAAAUUGCCUCUCCUCUGAGUGUUCUGCUAAGGAAGAAAUCAAACAUUGAUCUAAUGGCCAGUGACUUUCAAUGUCUGAUCUCUGAACUCUCUCUUGUGGGCUUUGUUGUUGGCUGCCCUUUCGACAGACUGCGAACCUGUCCAGAUGCAGUGCAAGUGAAGAUUUUCAUUGAUGAUCUCUGUAAAACGAAGAAACUCGAAGGUUUGAAGUACACCUACUGGGACGAGCGCUUUACAUCAAAGAAUGUGGAAUUAAUGUUAAAGCCUUUGAAUUUGCAUCCAGUUCAAGCAAAGACAAUAAUUGACAAGUUUGCUGCUGUUGGAAUACUCCAGGGAUACCUAGAUUAUGUUAACAGGAAGAUGAAGUUGGAAGCGGCAGAGUAAGAUGUCUCCAAAUGGAUCUCACUAACAAGGCAAGCAUUGGAAAAAAAUUGGAACCACCGAUGUCCGGACCGUUGGUGAAAGACGGCAACGAACCAAGUGGAUCAUUCAAAUCUUUCCAUUCCAUGCUGUGUAAUCUGCCGUAUAUUAUGUUAAUGAAUUUUUUGGAACUUUAGGAAUGUAAAUUUCAAUGAAAUAUGAUUAAAAUCUAUGAAAAAAUAUAAGAGGCUUCCUCAAAAAUUUCAAGUUGCA